UCAAGAGGCCUGACGGCCCAGUUCUUGCGAGUCCCCAUGGCACGGUGAGCCCUGGGAUCGCUUCAAUGAAGCUACGGGCGAGCUGGCUCACCCUCAUUGCGGUGUCGGGCGCAUGGAAGCUGCGGAAAGGGAACUUGACAGGUGAGCAUGAAGCUGAUAUGGAAUGCGCCCGGUACCUAUGCAGCGAGGGCUGGGCGCCCAAGGAGGACCACCACCGGCGCUUUGGGUCCAGCGACGCGGCGUGCUGCGACAAGACCUGCGCGCUGUGGACCUGUGGUGAGGGCUUCAAGCAGAAUCCGCGAUAUGCAUCUAACGUUUUCCAAAACAACGAGAUGUGCUGCGACAAGACGUGCGCGAAGAUCACAUGCGACGCCGGCUUCUCGAACAAGGGGGCCUCAGUGGUGGCCCUUACGCACGACGAAUGCUGCGACACGACCUGCGCCCUCUUCACCUGCGACGGAAACUGGAGUAGCUCAACGAGCAAAUCUUCCAGGGUGGGCAGCGAUUUCCAAACCUGCUGCGAGCCGAACUGCGCCCUCUUCGACUGCGGGGCAGUCGGAGCGGAGCCGGACCCUGCAGCCUACGGCCGGGCGGGGCAGUCCAAGGACAAGUGCUGCUUGAAGACCUGUGCAUCCUGGACUUGUCCCUUCGGGUACGGCAUGCCGGAGAGCAAGGUGCACUUGUCCCGCCCAAGCGACGCCACCUGCUGCGAGAAGAAGCUGUGCUCCGCGUUCCAGUGCGGCGAGGGAUGGCAGCGGAACCUGAAAGCCAACGACGUCCGUGGGCAUUCAAACGAGGAGUGCUGCACGCGAACCUGCGCACUCUUCCAAUGCGACCAGUCCGCGGGUUGGAUCAAAAACGAAGCCCAUGCCGGCUUGGUGGGCAGCGACCCAGAAACCUGCUGCUCCCCAACCUGCAGCCGCUACACCUGCAGCGAGGACUGGCUGGCCAUCGACUCGAAGAAGACGUCUUUGGGUGCGUCGGAUGCGGAAUGCUGCGCGAAGACUUGCCAGCUCCACGAGUGUGAUGCCGCUGCCGGCUGGAAGCGGAACCCCUCGGCGGCGGCGAAGGGUCCCAGUGACGACCCCACCUGCUGCCUGGCCACCUGCAAAAGGCACGCCUGUGGCGAAGGCUGGGUCUCAAAUCCAGCGACGCUGUCGGAGGAGAAGGACACAGAUGAAGAUUGCUGCCUGAAGACCUGCGCCCUGCACAAGUGCGACCCUGCGGAUGGCUGGGCUCAGGACCCAGCCAAAGCCGCAGUGGUGGGGAGCAACGACACGGAGUGCUGCACAGCAACCUGCAAGCAACAUACCUGCAGCGCAGGCUGGGUCCUCAACAAGGAGAAGGAAAACCUGGCUGGUGCCUCUGAUGAGGCAUGCUGCCUUGAGACUUGCAGCUCUCACCUUUGCGCAGCCGACAAGAUGGUCAAGCGGCCCAACAUCGACAAUACCCCUGGGACCACGGAUGAAGCGUGCUGCGAGCACGAACACUGCCAAGCUUGGCCGCACAAGUACAAGGAGGCUCCGAAGGGAUGUGAGGCUGCGGAUAUCCAUGAUGACUGCAACAACAUGUUCCAAUCCACCGUCCUCGACGGGUUCGCGCACCUCAGCCGCUGCGGCUACUUCUCAGUGUCCGGCCAGGUGUAUCGAUGCGGAGCCCUCAAGACGCCCAUCCGGUGCGUACCCGAGUGAGCUCAUGGAAGACUGUCAAAAGCUGAGGGGGCUCAAUGUCCCAUCGGGGGGCUCAGCGCAAGAAGGGUGGAAGUAGAGUGCAAGAGUUCGUGGAUUCCACUGGGGCAUCCUUGCCUGAACAAAUGACACAUGACUGUCAACUCUACCCAAAUUGAAGCCACAAGGAGGUGGAUGGUUUGGUGCAUUUUGCCUGGGGGCCGUCCCUGACCCCCGAAUUUCCAGGGCUCAGGCGCAUAUUGGAACCACACAGAUUGUUGGAACAUCCUCAAUUUCGACAAGCUCGUGGUGCCCCGCCCCGCAAAGAGACGACGAUGCACUCAGAAUGAUGGCAUCAAAAGCGUUGCGCGGGCCGUGGCUCAGGGAUUGGCCUGGGUACAACUGGCAGCCGCAGCGCGGACA